GAGAGAGAGAGAGGAAAAAUGGCCAGACUCCCAUCUGAAGCACCUCCUCCUCCUCCCUCACCUGGCCACCAUGUCCCAAGCCAAAACCAUCCUUAUCCACUGCCGCCACCGUCGUCGCCACAGCCUCCGCCGGCGGCAUUGCAAGUGCCGUAUGCACCGCCAUCGCCGGACACCGUCCACCAGACUGGCCACCAGGAGGUGAAUGUGCCCACAUUCACCCCGCCCCAGCAAGGCAAUGCUAAUAUCGGAGCAGCCAUGGCCUAUCCUCAGUUCAACCAGCCACAAGCAAACAAAAUCGGCGGCAAUUUUGCGGCCGUGCAAUAUCAUCACGAUCAGUUCCGGCAACAAACGAGCCACGUGGUGGCUCCGCAGAGUUACAAUUUUGCUCCUGCUUCGGUGUAUCCCUCCUCAGCAAUGGCCCAAAAUGUCGCUCCAGCAAGUGCAGCAUCCCCCUACGGGAAUAAUGCUCCUAACAAUAUGAUCAAUCUUAAUAACGGGUCUGCGAAUAAUUACAUGAACAUGGAGCAGUGGACCACCGGCCUCUUUGACUGCAUGCAAGAUUCCUCCAACGCCUUCAUCACGGCACUGUUUCCAUGCAUAACUUUCGGGCAGAUCGCAGAUGUGCUCGACAAUGGCCACACGACUUGCAUCAUCAGCGGAAUCAUCUAUGCCUUCUCGCAUUGUAUAUUGUCGCGGCCAUACCGCGCGAAACUGAGGUGGAGAUUCCGGUUGCCAGAGAUCCCAACCUCGGAUUACAUCGUCCAUUCAUUGUUUGAGCCUUGUGCUCUCUGUCAAGAAUACCGCGAGCUUCAAAAACCGCGGCAUUGA